AUGCCUUCCGAAGUUUCCGACAUUAAGCAGUUCAUCGAGAUCUGCAGGCGCAAGGAUGCCAAGUCCGCCUGCAUAAAGAAGAACAAGAAGGUCAACAACAUCAAGUUCAAGGUCCGAUGCUCAACCAACCUGUACACCCUUGUCCUUAAGGACACCGACAAGGCCGAGAAGCUCAAGCAGAGUCUGCCCCCGGGUCUUACCAUCUCCGACGUUGGCAAGAAGAACCCCAAGGGCAAGCGCACCGCAUAA